GGAUACAUACUACUUCUAUUUCUAAACCUGUCACUUCAGAUGAAAUAUUGAUGAUUUUUAAUUUAAAUGUGCAUUAUGGAAUCUGAAACUGACAAUUUCCCUUCAGUAGCCGAAUGUUGUUAUACAUCUCAUUAUUGCGAAGAAAAUGUUUGGAAGUUGUGUGAGCUAAUAAGUCAAAGGAAAAAUAAUUGUCUUGAUAGUUGCUAUUGUAUUUUUGUUUCUAAUGACUCAAAAAUAACUCCUUUAUGGCAUCAGAAAAUAGGAUCUGGAGAUGAUUUUUUCGUUGCAUGGGACUAUCAUGUUUUCUUAGUAGUAAAAAAUCAGCCUGUCAUAAGUGUGUUUGAUUUCGAUACUACUCUUGGUUUCCCUGUCUCAUUUAGAAAUUAUAUCGAAAAAGCUAUUGGCUUUGAAGUAAACAUGGUUCCUAAGUAUAAAAGACUAUUUCGAGUUAUUCCAGCCAGUGAAUAUUUAAAAUACUUCUCAUCUGACCGUAGACAUAUGAAAAAUGCUAAUGGCGAGUGGAUAAAACCGCCCCCUCCUUAUGAACCAAUUCAAUCAAAUGAAUCUAAAUACAAUCUUGAUGAGUUUAUAUCCAUGAAGCUUGAUGAAGGACCUGGUAAAGUAAUGGAUUUGGAAGGUUUCAUUAAGUUUUUCCAGGAGCCAUAAGCCAGAUAUGCCAAAUAAAACCACUCUUAAAACUAAAUGAAUAGCAUUUAUCUGCAUUAGGCUCUAUUAGAAUUUUUAUAAUUUUGUACUUAUAGAUAUGUUUAGAUAUAAAUAUUUACCUUUAAUGUAUAUACGUGAAAUUUAUUAUUAUCAUGUAAAUAGGUUUUAAUUUAUUCUGAAUAUUCUUUUAUAUAUAUUGGAAUAAAAAUUUUGUUUGAGUAUUAA